AUGGCACGUGGCGCCGGUGCCACCGGUGCGGGCCGCGGUGGCCGUGGGGGACGUGGCGGUGGUGUGCGGGCGGAGACCCGCACCUGCCAUUACUGCCUGCAAGUCGGCCACUUGCAGGCCGACUGCCAUCUUCGGCAGUUGGUGGAGACGUGCCGCGCGAAUGGCACGUUGGGAAUUGGCUUUGUUCCUCCGCCUCGCCGCCGCGCCCCCCGCCGCCGCCCUGCCGCCGCCACCAACAUGGCCCCCGCCGCGUCUGACGUGGCCCCGGGCGCCUCCAACGUGGCCGCGCCCGCUGUGCCCGACCCCGCGCCGGCCCCCCCAACUACCAACACCCCCCCCGCGCCCGCCGCUUCCGGCGCCACCAACGCCAGCUCGGGCUCCGCGGCCGCCAGCUCGGCGGCUGCGGGCCCGAGCUCGGCCGCGGCCCCUCUCUCUGCCUCCCGCCCGGCGCGAGCUCAGUUUUUGACUGAGCCAGUGCGUGCCCCCUCCCGCCGUCACCAAUUCUGCUAUCACACAAUUUCUCGGUUUGUCUGGGCUCUGUAUGUGGCUCACACAUGGUCCAUGAAGGAUAAUCGUCCUUCGUCGGAUCGUCUGCGUUCUGCGUGCGGCUCACACAUGGUCCAUGGAGGAUGGCUGUUCUUUGUCGGUUCAUCUGUGUUCUGCGUGCAGCUCACGUAUGAUCCGCCGGGCUAUAGACAUACCGAGUAA